AUGUUUCGAUCCACGAGACCUCUGAUCCGCCAACUCAGGCCGACACCUUUCGCGAGGCCUACGUCUGUGUCACCCUCGCUGGCGCUGGGUUGGGCUAACCAGAAGCCAUUGGUUGCGCAGUCUACUAGACUCGCCAGUAACAAUGGCAAACGCAAUCAACAAGACCAGCCACCCCCAAAGCCAGAGAUAGACUAUGAUGCUGAGCGCAAGGUUGCGCAACAGAAGCUAGAGCCUGACCCCGAAUCCGUCUCGGUUGACAGCACUACGCGUGCAAAGUUCGAUAACUUGCCUGAGGGAGGUGGCUCGGCUAACCCCAGUGUCAACGACGGGCUGAGGCAUGAUCUUGGAAUAGUCAAAGACGCUUUCCGGUUGAGCAAGAUCCCCAAAGAAUCGCACAUCCUAGGUCUUGCGGGCACUGUCCCUUACUUCGCAACGUCUCUCUCGACAAUUUACCUGGGCUGGAACCUAUCGCAAACCGUCCCCAGUGGCAGUUCAUUCAAGGACUCCAUCAUGAUAAACCCCGAAACAGCGCAAUGGCUUCUGAACAACAUUGAGCCAGUGCAGUUAGGAUACGGCGCCGUCAUAAUAUCAUUUUUGGGCGCCAUUCACUGGGGGCUCGAAUACGCCGAAAAGGGACCAUCGUAUCCUCGAACCGGCUUCCGAUACGCAAUGGGUGUAAUCGCGCCCGUCGUCGCGUGGCCCACACUCCUCAUGCCCAUCGAGUAUGGUCUGACAGCCCAGUUUGGCGCAUUUGUUGGACUCUACUUUGCCGAUCUCCGAGCCUCGACCCGCGGCUGGGCGCCACGCUGGUAUGGACAAUAUCGUUUCCUACUCACAGCCAUGGUCGGACUGGCUAUCUUUGUGUCCUUGGUCGGCCGGUCGCAGAUUGAAAAGUACGGGCGUCUUGGGGGUGAACACUUGCGGGAGAGCAUCACCCGCACAGGUAUCGCCGACACAACGACCAACUGGGAGAAGGUAGAGCUUGAGGAGAAGAAGAAGAUCAAGGCUGAGGAGGAGCGUAAGACGAAAGAGGAGGCGAAGAAGCAGAAGAACGCAGAUGGAAACAGCGAGAAGGCGGAUAAAGCGCAGGACAAUGACGCCGCUGCGGAGAAGAACGACAACGAGAAGUCAGAUGCGAACAAAGGGGAGGAUAAGAGUUCAGAGGACAAGUAG